GUUUCUCAUUUACUUGGUCCAUUAUCAUUGCUGACAACGUUCAGCAAAGAAAAUUUUGUGAAUACCUUAUUUACAUCGACCAAAACCGGCUAAAAUUGUGAUUUUUUGCCAUGAUGCUCAGCGAAGGUGCAGUCGUCCUUGACGCGUUGCACCAUCAAAUAGAAGAAACUAUCCACUAUUGCUACAUUUGCAAUACUCCAGUUUCCAACACUACGAACAAUCUCUGCCAUCUGUUUCCUAUCUUGAACGACGAUGAGGAAACGCUUAGCCCUGCCACUAUACUGGCCAAUAUGCUACAGUUGGACAUCACGCCGGAACUAUCCCACUCGCAAGCAAUAUGCCUCGAGUGCAAUUUGCUGUGCAACGAGUAUCAGCAGCUGUUGGACCGGCUGGAUUCCAUAAAACUGCAGAUCACCGUUAGCUACAAUAGUACGGUUACGAAGCUAGCUGCCAGUUUAACCGCAAAGGAUCUGGUAGAAGCCGAAGCCGAGGCGCUGGAUGAUUCAAGCAUGUCACAGGAAUUAACUCUCGCAGAUGCCGACACAGAGAUUAUAGCUAUUCCGCUAAGUGAACUAACGGCUGUAGUUCCAACCGCAUCAGCCAUAACUUUGGAAACCAAUUCAGAAGCAGCAUCGGAAAGCUUUGUUCAACAAUUACCAAAACUUCACAUUAUUCCUCGCAAAAUGGACAAUACGGAAACAAUCACCCUUGCGUCCAAAAGCAAUUCACGGUCGAUCAUCAAAGUCCUACAAAAAUCAGAACCGGAAAUAUCGUCAACCACGGCCACUAGCAGCAGUGCCAUGAGAAACGACGUCGAUAUCACUGAAGUACCAUCAACGGCCAUCACUAUGGAGUCCCAGUUUUUCGACGGGGGCGAUGGAAACAUGGUGGAAAUCAUAACCGAUGCCAACUCGGCGGACUACAUCUAUGAAAAUGUAAUCGAGACAAUCGGUAUUUCCGAAGAUGAUGAGCUUUGCGAUGGCAAUCAAAACGGAAAAAUCCUUUCGCUGAGAGAAAGUAGAUCUUCAAAUUCGGUACUGGCGACAAUCGAGAACGACAGCCAGCUGAUGGAGUGUGGCCAGUCCGAAAAGAGUGCGGAGUUUACGAUGUCGGAUCAAGCUUUCGGGCAAGAAGCUGAUCCGGACAGUGCGCAGAUUUUGAUCGCCGCAGCCAACGAAAGUCUGAACAGGAUGAAGGCUAAGCUGGAAUCGCUUUUCAUCAAAACCAACAACAAUUACUACUGCGCUCUAUGCAGCGCUAAUGGAGGUCCCACGUCGGCACACAAUGUAAAAACCGUUGCUAUCCAUCUGAAGAAUGACCACAACGAGAAGAUACUCAUCUGCGAGCACUGUGAUGCCGUAUUCCGCCGGCGGACCGAAUAUAACCAACAUCUGGAUCAACACGUGGCCGAAGAGUUGACUGAUUUCCGAUGCGACGUUUGCCAAACAAAAUUCAACAACAUUCGGGCUCUUCGGAUGCACCGCAAGAAUCAUGUCGCCACACCCAAAGUUUGGUCGUGCGAGGUUUGCGAGAAGAAGUACAGUUCCAAGAAUUUGUUGGAUGAACACAUGAAUAUGCAUUCAGGGAAACGCCCAUUCAAGUGUUCGCAAUGCCCCAAGGACUUUGCUUCUAAGUACACCCUCACGGCGCAUAUGAAAAUCCACCAAGAUCGAGAACGUUUGUAUAGCUGCAAAGAGUGCGGUAAAGGUUUCUACAGUCAGAACAACCUGAUUCAGCACGAGAAAAUCCAUUCCGGUGUGAGGGACUACCGCUGUCCGGAUUGCGGGAAAACCUUCAUGUCCCAGCAUAAUCUGGACAUCCACAAAAUCGUUCAUCUAAACUACAAGCCCUUUAUUUGCCGAACGUGCGGCAAAGGAUUCGCAAGAAAGGCGGAAAUCAAAGAUCACGAGCGUACCCACACCGGAGAGCGCCCAUUCGUGUGCGAUAUCUGCGAUGCCAGCUUUUCCCAACGAUCCAAUCUCCAGUCCCACAAACGGGCCACCCAUUUCAACGACAAGCGAUACAAGUGCGAAAUCUGCAGUCGGUGCUUCAAACGGCGUCGUCUGCUGGACUAUCACAUCAAGGCGUGCCACACCGGCGAACGUCCUUACAAGUGCGACGUGUGUUCAGCGACAUUUGUCUAUCCGGAGCAUUAUAAGAAACAUCAAAAGAUCCACACCGGAUCGAAGCCGUUCGCCUGCGAGGUGUGCAGCAAAACGUUCAACAGUCGGGAUAACCGAAAUGCGCACCGUUUUGUGCAUAGCGACAAGAAGCCAUACGAAUGUGUGACCUGCGGGGCAGGCUUCAUGCGCAAACCGCAGCUCUACUCCCACAUGCAGCAACGGGGGCAUCUUAACGAUACCAUUGUGGUUAACCAACCGAGGAUAACGAGUGAAGAUCUGCUGGAAUUCGACACCACUACCGAUUCGAUUGGUGACCCAGUUGAGUUUGAUUCUAAGGAUGGUAUAAUCCUGGAGGAAGAUAUCGACGGGGAGCACAUUCUUAUGAGGGAUGAGUAUUACAUCGAGGAAGAAGACAUUGAAGAAGAGGAGGAGGAACCGAACGAUCAGCAAGAUCACGUUGUUGCCAGUUCCAGCGGUCAAACGGCGACAAGCACACUUCGACUGCCCGAUGCCACCGAACUUUCCGAAUCCACGGCUCUGCUGGCCUCCAGUGCAGGAUUUAUCGAAGAAUCGGACAUCAUCAGCCACGACGGCGACGAUGACGGACUGCAAAUGCAGCUUAAAAUAGCUAACCCCAACACGGCCGAUGGUAUUAGCUGGGUGAAUUUUGUAUCGCAAUGAUUUGAUCAGAACGAUGAAGUUAUGGAAAGUUUUAAUUGCUUCCAAAGAUAGGUUUACAAUAUAUUUUUUGUUAUUUACUAAAUUGGUGUUCAUGAAUUGUACAAAUAACAAUACACAAAGUCUUCAUUAUGAAUAA